ACCUUGUGUUUCUGUUGUCACUCGGUUGACGUUUCCAGGAGCCAUUUGCCGCCAUUUCUAAAGCGUCUAUCUACUCCAGCUCUAAUUUGUGCAAUGGCAGAGACAUUAAAGAUGAAGGACAAGAACCAAAAAUUAGAAUGCUUGUUGCGUUCUACCGGAUCGGAAACAUCGGAGAUAUCUCCUCAGGCAAUUCCCCUGCGUCGCCGUACUCGUUGGAGUCCUCUGGUACCAAACAACGUGACAAUCCCCAACCCAUGUCACCAACCCAUGUCUACCACCCAGCCGGAUGAGAACCCGUCUCCGGGGGCAUGUACGGAGAGAGAAGUUACGGUCAACACCCAACGUUUCCGCUUUAUUCCUAGGGUUGUAGAACGGAAACUAGCUGUAGAUAAGCGUCAGACGGGAACGACGGUUGUGAUUUCGUACCAACCGAUGCCCCAAACUCAACAGGACGGGAACCGGUGUCUGGUGACGCCGAUGCAACAGACAGCAAAACGGCCGAUUGCGGAGCGUUGUCUGAUCGAACCCAAGCGUGUACCGGUACCGAAAAAGAAACGGUGCUUGGUGAUCCCUGAUCGCCUGCCAUAAAAAUAGGUGACCUUAAAUGGAGAUAGUAAACUUGGACGGAGAUCGAAUGAUAUCUAAUAAUUAACUUCAGUUAAUUUAACAUCGCUUGAUUUUAUUAAGAUUGCCUCUACGGUUGAACAUAUUUGCUUAAAACUUACGUAUUGCUACUAAACUAAAGCUAAACAUUAGCAACGGGACGCUAGUGGCAAAGCCUGCAGUACGAAAAGGUUUCGCAAAGGGUAGUCUAAUCUGGAGCAUCAACACUCUUACGUAACAGGUUACUAACGAAUGCCACACAGAGGCGAUAAUAUAAGCAACUUUUAAAGUGCCUUUACACAACUUCAA